AUGCUCGGCAUCUUCUACCCUUCCGAGUACCGUUCUGUGACUCAUGCUACGAAUGCGAAAAUAUCGGAUGUUAAAAUAAUAACCAAGCUGAUGGGCUACAUCUGGCCGGCCGACAAACCGAGCAUUCGUUACCGCGUGGUUGGCGCAUUCGGUCUGCUGUUGGCUGCAAAGCUCUCCAAUGUCGCCGUGCCCUUCGUCUUCAAAUAUGGCAUCGAUGUGCUCUCCGGUGAUACGCCUGUCCUGCUCUCUUCCCUCAGUCCUACCUCCAUGGCGGUGACUUCGAUGCUCCUG